UUAGUGCUCGUGGCCGCAGUCGCGCGUUUAAUGCUAACACUCACUGCUUCGGAGAUCUAGUGUUGCGGAAACAGAUAAGAAAGAAGAGGCAGCCAUCAGUCAUCAGCCAAGCCACCGGCAGCAAGAAGCAGCGCAUAGCGAAAGGAUUAAGUUCCAGGUUUAGGUCAAUCAUUAAAUCAGCAAAGAUGCAGGCACGUGACAUGAUCGUCGCGAUAGUCGCGUUGUUGACGGUUGCGGCCGGGCCGUCGAGCUUCGUUUCUGCGCUCGCCAGGACCGAUCUCUACCCCUACGGAGGACCGACAGUAGCCACGCUCAAAGCCAAUUCCGACGGUAGUGUGCAGUCCGAAGAGCUUCAGCUCAAAACUCCCAUUAAGCUCUUCGAUCACCAAUAUGCCAACAUCUUUAUUAAUGGGAAUGGAGUAUUGUCAUUCUUGAGACCGAUGAGUAGGUUCUUCAACAUUCCAUUUCCACUGGAUGAUCCUGUAAUAGCUCCCUUGUAUACGCACGUUGAUAUUCGUGCUUCCGGGAGUAUAUAUUAUGAAGAAACUAAUGCAUCUGACGUAAUUUCACGAGCAAGUAAUCUUGUGAGAAGCUCUUUUAAAAACGCUAGUAAUUUUGUGCCUACACAUAUAUUUAUUGCAACGUGGCUUGACGUGGGAUAUUUUCAUGAAAAGAAAGAUAAGAUCAAUUCUUUUCAAGUUGCAAUUUCCUCUAACGGUAAUGAAUCAUAUGCUGAACUGCUUUAUCCAGACAAUGGAAUCCAGUGGAUUCAAGGAGAAUCUCAUCCAAAUGGAUUACCGGAUGCAAAAGCUCAAGCUGGUAUUAUGGGAGGUGCUCAAUUAUACGCACUCAUGGGAUCUGGUACUGACCAAAUUCAAAAUAUUGACAAAUGGUCCAAUGUACAACGACCUGGUCAAUGGAUCUUUCAUAUUGGACCGAUUACUGAAGGACAGAAUAUUAAAUUACCGGACAACAUAGAUGAUAAUCAAGUCAAAAAUCAAUCGCAAACCUGCAAAACGGGUGGCUCCACCUACUGUCACAGUAAAGCCUCAUGUGUCGACUAUGAAAAGGGCUUUUGCUGUGCUUGCAAGCCAGGUUAUUUCGGAAAUGGUCGAUCCUGUCAGCCGGACGAUAUACCAUUACGGGCGAUCGGCAAGAUAUCAGGCAAAAUAAAUGACGUCGAGUUUAUGGAUAGAGAUCUACAGUGUUACGUGCAGACGAAGGAUGGCAGGACGUACAUGGCGCUGGCGCGUAUACCGGAGAGCAUCGGUACGCGAUUCCAACUGCUGAACCCCAUGAGCGGCGUGAUCGGCUGGCUGUUUGCCAAAAGCAGUGGCGACUUGAAGAACGGCUACAAGCUGACCGGAGGCGUGUUUAAUCACACCAUGGAGCUGAUAUUCAAGUCGACGGGUGAUAAGCUGACGAUUCGUAACAAAUACUUGGGGCUGGAUGUAUUUGGCCAGCUAAAGCUCGAGUCCGAGAUAAUGGGUUACCUUCCAUGGGUGGAGGAGGGCGCACGCGUCGACUACGGCGACUACGAGCAGCUGCUGACACGUGCCCAGCCCGGCGUAAUCCGCUCUAACACAGAGCGUAGCUACAGUUUUGCUACCUCACCAUCUAUCAAGUACUCGUUUACCGAGGAUCAAACGAUCGUCUACGAAGAGUGCAGCUACGCGCCACUAUCGGCGGAUACUGAAGUCACCAGCAAGCUCAAGUUCUCGCGGGGUAUUACAACCUAUGAAAGUCGUGAGAACAUCGUGCGCUUCGCCGUCAAUUCCAAGAUUGUGCCUCUCGAGGAGCAGGAUCCGUGUAUUCAGGGCCGAGCCACUUGUGGUUAUCAUAGUUCUUGCAUCAUUGACGUCAACACUUUCAGAUGUGUCUGCGAUCCCGGGUAUCAAACGCUGUACCAUGAAGAUGGUUCUUCGAGUUGCGUCGACAUCAAUGAGUGCACUGUCGGCAAUCACGCCUGCUCAUCGGAUGCACACUGCGUGAAUACAGAAGGUAGUCACGUUUGCCAAUGUAAACCUGGAUUCUCCGGCGAUGGACGUACUUGCGACAAAAUAUUGUCCUGCGAAGACACCCGAUGUGGAGAUUACGAACACUGCGUUGAAACAAAUGGUGUACCAGUUUGCAUUUGCAUGCAAGGCUUUGAUAAAACUGAAAACGGAUGUUAUCCCAGCAAAAGACUGCCUUGCAAUCAAGCUAGCGAUUGUUCUCCUUUGGCAACAUGUGACUACAGUGAAGAGCAUCAAGCUUAUAUUUGUACUUGUAUUCCAGGAUAUCUUGGUAGCGGCUAUGAUUGCACUUCUGGUAGUGAUUUAGCUGGGCUAGAAAAUCCUGUACCGCAAUGCCAAGUAGAAAUGUGCUGGUGUCCAGAAGGAUGGUCAUUUCGAAAUAGUAUAUGUAUAAGAUCAAAUGAGAGUUUCUCUGAUCAUGGAUCUGGCGAGAUUAUACGUGAUCAUGAGUGUCAUGACGAUGGGGAGUGCGACCAAAAUGAGCACUGCGGCUACGCUCCAACAAGGUCCCGUUAUGAGUGCGCUUGUCAGCCGGGCUACAGUCCGCUCGAUAACCAGUGCGUGCUCACCGACUGCUCGGCCAACCCGUCACAAUGUCAUAUGAACGCCCGCUGCCUGUCCGAUGGCCUCGGCGGCUACCAUUGCAGUUGCCUACCCGGCUACCGCGGCGAUGGCCUGCGCCAGUGCGUCGAGGAGCACGUCGACUGCAAUGACGUCAACACUUGCGCCAGGAACGCCGUCUGCGGCUACAACCAGACCUCCGCCAGCUACGCCUGCGUCUGCUUACCAGGAUACCAUGGAGACGGCUACAGAUGCACUCAGCGCUUGUCCUGCAGGCAGAACCCGACCCUGUGCUCACGAGACGCCUCCUGCUUGCCACUCACCGUCGAUAAAUUCUCUUGCGUCUGCAAACACGGUUUCGUUGGUGACGGAAUAGACUGUCAUCCACGGCCCGAUCACGAGUCUAAUUUUCUACUCGUUAAUCAAGGAAUGGCCACUCACAAGCUACCGUUUUCACCAAGCUCCGACCAACCAGGAAAUCCCAUCCAUUUGACCAACUUUCGCAUGGCCAUUGCUGUAGACAUUGACUGCUCCAGAGGUAUCGUCUACACUAGUGACAUUACUGGCAAUAAAAUAACUAGUAUGGCCUAUAAUGGAUCUAAAUCAGAACUUUUCCUUGGACAAGUUUCUAGUUCAGAAGGUAUAGCCGUUGAUUGGGUUUCGAGGGUCAUCUUUUGGACCGACUCGGGUAACGCAACAAUUGAAGUAGCUCACUUGGAUACGAGAAAGAGAAAAGUUCUCAUUGCUGAUGGCCUUGUCAAUCCACGCGGCAUCGCAGUACACCCAUACAAGGGCAAGAUCUUUUGGUCUGAUUGGAAUCGCGCUUCACCUAAGCUAGAGUGGGCUAAUGAAGACGGGACUGGACGAAAAAUUUAUUUGAAGGGAGAUAAUGUUCAACUGCCUAAUUCUUUAGCUAUAGAUUGGCAGUCUGAUGAACUUUGCUGGGCAGAUGCUGGCACUUUUUCGAUAAAUUGUGCUAAUAUUGAUAACAAAUCUGUGCGAGUGAUUGCAAAAAAUUUAACACAUCCAUUUGGUUUAGCCAUUUCACGUAACCACUACUACUGGACUGAUUGGAAAACGGGAAGAAUCGAGGUAGCUAUAAAAAAUACCGGACACAGGGGAUCGUCGAUUUCAUUACCACCAGGUGGUAGUAAUAAGCCAUAUGGAAUAGUUGCUGUUGCAGAUACAUGUCCAGGAGUUUCCAAUAUCUGUCAAUAUGAAAAUGGAAGAUGUACAAAUGAACAGUUAUGUCUCCCAGAUGGCUUAGGUGGUAGAACUUGUGCUUGUGCAGAUAAUUCUAUAGGUUCUUGCAUAGACUCUCAUUACGCAAAGUGAUUUACAAACGAGAUUGGAGAAUUUCAUACAAAAUAAGUUUAUUAUGUUUAUAUUUUUAAUAAAACUGUUAUUUUAUGGAGUAAAAAGAAAUAUCAUUUAAUAGUCGUGAGUACCAGUAUUAAGUUUCUGUUAACAAUUUUUCAGAUAAUUUACACAGUAAUUAUAGUACAUUUUCUUAAUUACAUAUGUUUCUUUAUAAAAGUAUUCUCAGUUUUCGUGAUAUUUUUA